UGGUGCAAAACAGGAACAAGGCCGUAAAUUUUUGCGGGUGUUUAUUGCGGCGAUGUGAAAACACAUGUCUCUGUUCUGACGAAAUUUACUAUAUAUCUCCUGGUUUUCCCUCUGUUUCCUUCUGUGACAGACCAUGUUUAAAUAUGGCUGAAAAGGAUACAGGAAGGAUAAAUGACAGUACUACUGAAUCAGAAUUGUACUACUUAAUCGCCAAAUUUCUCGAAAGUGGGCCCUGCAAAGAGUCAGCUAAUGUUCUCCGACGGCAGAUAGAGCAAAAUGGGUUAUUUUCUGCCAGAUUUGAUUGGAAAGGCAACAAACAUCAACAGAGCCUCAAAAACUUGGAUAACUGCAAUGGUCACAUAAAAAAUGACCAUCUGUUAAAAAUUGUUGGUCGCAUCGGCCAUCUACUGGACAAAGACACAAGGCCACGAGUGCCUGGUGUUAAGUCGCUGCUAGGGGGCGCCAGACAAUCCCUUCUUCGCACAGUAGCUGAUGUCAAGCCCCCUCUGUGGUCUCCGUCUGUACAUGCUGCGCUCUACCAUCACCGACCCAUAGCACCACCAAAUAAACUUUCUCAGGUGCCAAAUGUCUACAAUGUCAUACGAGGGAGACAGUUGGCGGGCGUGGCUCGCCUUGAUCACAUUAUCCCUGGGGAGCGGUAUAGCCGGAUGAACCUUCACCUUCGAUCCUUAAGUCAUCUGUCUUCAGCCUACUGUGUUCUUUUCGAUCAGACUGGUCGCAGGAUAUUUACAGGAGCGGACGACCACCUCGUCAAGAUAUGGAGCGUGGACGACGGCCGCCUGCUGGCGACCCUGAGGGGUCACGCUGCCGAGAUCGUGGACAUGAACGUCAACUACGAGAACACGCUGCUUGCCGCGGCGAGCAAUGACAAGGUCAUCAGAGUCUGGAACCUCCAGUCGCUGACCCCUGUGGCCGUUCUCAUGGGUCACACGGCCAUGAUUACAUCAUUGGAGUUCUCGCCGUAUGUUAGAGGAUCAGCUCGCUACAUGGCUUCGACGGGUGCUGAUGGAUGUGUGUGUAUCUGGGUGUGGGAAAAAGAGACACUCAAGUUCAACAACAAGCCAAUCAAAUUCCAAGAGAGAAACAGACCUGGUUCGCAGAUGCUUUGUCUGUCUUUUAGUCCAGGUGGUACAUUCCUAGUUGCUGGUGGUACGGAUACAGCCAUCAGAGUCUACAACUUCAACACAAUUCCUCCAGAGAAAGUGACAGAGCUCGAGGCACACACAGAUCGAGUGGAUAGCAUCGGUUUCUGCCACACCGGAUCUCGCUUCAUCAGCGGUAGUAAAGACGGUACGGCCAGGGUAUGGCGAUAUGAGAGGCAAGGCUGGAAGAACAUCCUUCUCAACAUGAACUCAAGAUUACCUGGCUCCAAAGCGCCCAAACUGGACGAAGGUAACAAGAUCGUGAAGCAUCGAGUGACUAUGGUUGGGUGGAACAAGAACGAUUACUACGUGGUCACCGCGGUCAACGAUCAUUCCUUACGGGUCUGGAACUCGUACAAUGGCAAACUGGUCUAUGAGCUAUACGGUCACACAGAUGAGGUGUACGUCCUAGAAGGUCAUCCCAAGGAUGUGAGGAUAUUCCUGAGCGGGGGUCACGACGGUCUAAUCUUCCUCUGGGAUCUGAGCACAGGACAACAGCUCUACAGGUUUCUCAACACAAUCGAAGGACAAGGCUUUGGGUCUAUCUACGAUUGCAAGUUCUCGCCCACCGGAGAGCAGUUUGUAGCCACCGAUUCUCACGGCCAUUUUAGUAUCUUUGGGAUGGGCUCCAGCAAGCCCUAUGACAAGGUCCCAAAAGAGCAAUUCUUCCACACCGACUACCGCCCCCUGGUGCGCGACGCCAACAACUACGUCCUGGACGAGCAGACCCAGCAGGCACCCCAUCUCAUGCCCCCUCCUUUCCUGGUAGAUAUCGACGGCAACCCCCACCCCCCUCGAUACCAGAGGCUCGUCCCCGGGCGAGAGAACUGCAAGGACAAUGCCCUCGUACCCCAGAUAGGCGUGGCGGAAAAUGGUAAGUUGAGAUUACUAGAGAAUGAAGCCAACCAAGCUGCUAGUCUCCUAGAUGAACUCAUUCUUCGGAUGCAGCAGGACCAAGACGAGGAGAGGGGGGAUGCCCCUCCUCAUGAGGGCCCCCGUACCCCGGGAAGAUCAGCAAAUGGCCCAUUGUCUCCUUCCAUGUCCCCAAGAGGAUUACGCCGAGCUGGAGAGAUAGAGGGCGUGCGUCAGGCUACGGGGAACGUUCCCGUCAGCCAGCGUGCAUCCCAGGCAGACAUCUUGUCGUUCAAGACGAGGAUGGUUGUGCCAGCGUUGUCCCGUGCGGUAGCAAGGUUUCAGGAAGAAUUCAGAAGAAAGUUAGAUGAAGAGGCCUCAGGACGGUUCAAGGCAGAGAGGAAAAAGAAGGUGCUCCCCUCUCCAGUUGAAACGACCGAUUCUACCGACUCGUACGAGAGGCUGAGGAGGAGGAAGAAGCCGAAGAAGACGGCAAACCACAACUACCGGACCAGAGCCAACCAAGAUGGGACCCCUCUGGAACAUGGGAUCGGGAUGGAGGAGGAGGAGGAGAGGAGGAGGCGACAGAGGGUGGGAGAAGAAGGGGAGGAUACUCUCUCAGAUAUGGAUGAGCCUGUGGAUGAGGGAGCCAUGACCGGAGCAGAGACAUCCGAGGAAGAGGUCGAAUGGCGCAGCACAAGCGAACACGAAAGUGAAUCCAGCGAGUAUUCAGAUUGGACGGCUGAUGCGGGCAUGAACCUCCAACCGCCCAAGAAGAAGACGAGAAGAAAAACCUUGCCCUGGGAGUCGGGAGGGGAGUCCAGCGCCUCGCCUUCCAAGACCCCAUCAGCGACCCCGGUCAAAUCAACUAGAAAAAGAAGGCCUCCCAAGGCCCUCAUCGAUGACAUGGAGAUCGACAACGACAAGGAGUCGAUGUCCGAACUCCCUGAAGAAUUGAAGCCCCCUCUGUGGAUCACCGACACCACCCCGAGGCGCUGCCCCUACGUGCCCCAGAUGGGGGACGAGGUCAUGUACUUUCGGCAAGGUCACGAAGCGUACAUCGCUGCGGUCAAGAAGAGGAAGGUGUACCAUAUAGAACCCAAGAAGCAACAUUGGACCAAGAUUAAUCUCAAGGACCAUGAGUUGGUGCGUGUGAUGGGUAUCAAGUACCAGGUUGGUCCUCCUACACUGUGCGGUCUCAAGCUGGGCUUCAUGGACCCAGAGACCAGGAAAUCAACAGGUGGAAGCUUCUCUAUGAAAUACCAUGACAUGCCAGACGUCAUUGACUUCCUCGUUCUCCGUCAGCACUUUGACCAAUCGGUGGCCAUGAAGUGGAAGCUAGGAGAUCGCUUCAGGGCGAUGAUUGACGACGCCUGGUGGCAAGGGACGAUCGUCGCUCACAGCCCGCUAGAUCCAGAACAUCCUGAUAGUCUGUUCCAGUGUUAUCUAGUGGACUGGGAUAAUGGAGAAUGUGAGCGGAUGAGUCCAUGGGAUCUGGAGCCGAUCGAUGAGAAGAAUAUGCCUGAGAGCAAAGGAGGGAGUAUACCUGUCACAGACGACGAGCUUCUGGCCAUGCUCUAUGUCCCUGGCCCAGGGGAAUGGGGAGAAACGGAUAGGGACACCUGCUGUGAUAGACUACUCAAAUGCCUACAACAGGUAAUGGAGCUUCGUAUUGCGGAGCAGUUUAACACCCCCGUGGACCUCAGUCGCUACCCGUCCUACGCCUACAUGGUGCCGUACCCUACAGACCUCAGCACCAUCAUGCGCCGCCUCGAGCGCCGAUUCUACCGCCGCAUCACCGCGCUGCAGUGGGAGGUCAGGAAGUUGGAGCAGAAUGCCCUCGAGUUUAACGAGAGGGACAGCAUCAUCGUCCAGUGGGCCGAGACCAUGGUCAAGAUUCUUAUGGAGGUCACCAAGGACGAUCACUGCGACGAUGCAAUGGACAUCUACAACCGUAUCACGAAGGAUAGCGAUGUGGACGUCUGCGUGGACGACUCUCAUUCAGGCAGCGAGGACAAACGAGGUUCAUCAAGCAGGUCCAAAGGCAAGAAGGGGUCGCCAUCCAAGAAGCAGAAGCGUAAGAACAGAGCAUGCUACAACUCCAAGGCUUGGAUUGAGCAAUGCAAGAAACUCCUCAAGGACAUGUGGGAUUGUCACGAUUCCGAACCGUUCAGGACGCCGGUGGAUGAAAGGGCCUAUCCGGAGUAUCGGGAAAUCAUCGAUCAUCCGAUGGACUUGUCGACACUCAAACAGCAGUUUGCCCUCGGGAGUUACCGAGACCCCAUGGACUUGGGCAAAGAUGUCCGGUUGAUGUUCACCAAUGCCAAGAGUUUCACUCCAAACAAAAAGUCGAGGAUUUACGGUAUGACCCUGAGGCUGUCGGCGGUCUUUGAAGAACACUUCCUGAAGAUCAUCGGCAGCUAUCGCUCGGCUCUCAAGUAUGAGAAACAGGUCAAGACGGGCUUCAAAAAGAGAAAGCAACUCAUGUCUAGUCCUGAGGAGCGCCACAAGUCGCCACGGAGACACCAUGUCAGGAGGUUGAAUGUCAAGAGGUCACUGACGGCAGGUCACUCGAUGGACGGCGACGACGACGCCAGCGACAUCGACAUCGACGCCCCUGGCCCCUCCUGCAACCUGAGACAGAUGGCAAGGUCGACCAAGAAGAGGAGGAAAGAGGAGAGCGAUGAGGAGGAGGAGAAGGAGGACGAUGAGGAGGAGGAGGAGGAGGACGAUAAAGAUAAGCCAGGAACAAGUGGUUGCCGUGGUAACUCUUCCAGGGUAUCCCACCCCAAGCAGCUGAAUGGUUAUGAUAAAGACGAGGAUGAUUCCGAUACCGACGUUGAACCUCUAGCUAAUGUGAAGUUAAAAGUUGACAACAACAAUUCAUCAAAGACCGAAUCUAAGAGUGGCACCAAAGGAGGAAAGGCAAAGGCAAAGAGGUCUUCCGCGAAGCCAGUAGUGAAGGAAGAGGAGGAGGAGGAAAAGGAGAAGGAGAAGGAGGAGGAUUCCGGGGAAGAAACUGAGAUUGAUUCUGGAGAAGAAACCGAGAUCGAUGAACAGCAUGUAAAGAAGGAAAAAGAAGGAGAUGGCAGUGGAGAGGAGGAGGAGGAGGAGGAGGAGGAAGAAAAGGAAGAAGAAGAAGAGGAGGCGGAUGAUUCAGAAGAAGAUGACUCGGAGGAAGAAGAAGAGGAAGAAGAAGAGGAGGAGGAGCAAGAGGAAGAAGAUGAAGAACCAGGCAGGAAGACAAGGUUAAGAUCAAGGAGAAGUUUAACCAAUGGCAACAAUUCAAGACGAGGUGGGCGUCGGAAGGCAAGGCGAGAUGAGGAAGACUCUGAAAGUGAAGAAGAGGAAAAGGAGGAGGAAGAGAAGGAGGAGGAGGAGGAGGAGGAGGAAGGAGGAGAUGGUGGUGAGAGUGACCAUAGCAACUACGAAGCAGGCACUGACAUCAACUCUAACGAGGGAUCUGAAUCAUCCUCCACCGAGGAAAGCGACAGCGACAGUUCCGACUCUGAGGUCGAAGGUCACUACAGAACCAGGAGAAGGACCACAAAUAGAAGGACUCAAAAAUCCUUGAAAAAGAGCAGAAGAGGGCAGGCCAUCGGCAAGAAACGAAAAGCCAAAUCAAAACAUUCCCCAAGGUCAUCGCCGAAGAAGCGCUCCAAGGUGGAUUACAACGACGAAGACGACAACUACGUGCCGUCGCACAAGGUGUCGCGGCAGACGGAACGGCGGACGCGGAACCAAGGGCGACACAUGCAGUAUUACGGGGACUUUGACGAGAGCGAUAACCAGAGUGGGGAAGAAGAAAAUCUUCAGAGUGGGGAAGAGGAUGAUGGGAAAAGUGUUUCCAGCCGCGGCCGAGUGCGGAAGCUGACGGCGAGGGCACGUGCGAGACUGCUCAGCACGUGACACUAAAAUGAGAUGCUGCAGCAGCCUAGAAUUGCAAAUCAGGGAUGUUUACAAGAAGUACUUUAACUCGCUCUGGGCACUAUAGGCACAACAUACGCAAGUAUCGUCUGAAAUUAGUGUAAUGGGUGAACAGCACAAACUUCAGGGCUGUAAUUUCUGUUUACCAAUAAAAAAACCCACCUUAUUCCAGUCUCUACUGGGUCAUAUGAUUUUACCACAAACAAUUCCUAAUAGAAGAGUUUUCAGAUAAUACCUGGUUGAUUCCAAAUCGCUUGAUAACAGAAAACUAAAUUCAUUACAUACACAUAGACAUGUAUUUCCUGCAUUUGAAAAAAAGCUGUCAGAUUUCUAAGGGGGACAUUGUUCAUUAACAUCAUGAAAUAACAACACUGACAAUUUAGAGAAUAUAUUUUUUUCUUUGUAAGAACAAGAAAAUAAUCGGGGAUCGAGGAAACACAAAAUCUAAGAGCCCAUUGCCUUUUAAACCUGGGGAUAAACUUUGUGAUAAGUGUGUGCAAAUUUUUUAUGCACCUGUCAAAUGCUGCGAUUUUAGAUAUAUUUGAAACGGGAGUGGACAAAGCAAACGGAACAAGAAAAUGUUUUAUGACGUGUAGUGAUGAGUGAGUGAACGAGAGAGUGAGUUUUAAAGGAAAGUGAAAGAAAGGAGAGAGGGAAAGAGAAAGAGCAAAGAAUAGGACCAUAGCAUAAAAUGAAUUGAUAGUCCUACAUUCUUUUGACCCACAGCAGGUAUUAGUAUCACCUUGUAGUGACUGACGACGGACGUCUUAGUUUCAUCUUUUUAUUUUUAUCUUUUGAUCCAAAAAGCUCUGAAUUACACAUCGUAAAUGAGCAAAAAGUGUUUAAAAAAUCACUGGAAAAUUUGAGUCCAUGUCUGUUGCAGUACACUUGUGCCUUUCAUAAAUAAGAGUGAUUUAAUCGCAAAUAAUCAUUGAAGUCUCUACAUUGGCAACGCAAAGUGAAAUUUAUAAUCACUUUUACUAUCUUGUGCAAGUUGGAAAUUGUCAAGUUUUGGGGGUACUUUUUACCUACACUGUCUCAGCUCAUAUUAAUAUACAUUUUUUGAUUUAUUUUUGGGGGGAUUUUUUUUUCUUUCUUUGAAACAGUAGAAAUACAAAUAAUUGUUGCCAAUUUGAAGGGAAAGAGCCGAUUUAUUUAGACCUUCAGAAAAAUCUGAACUGCUGUGGGUUAGAGGAGCGAAGGAGAUAUCAUUUUUUGAGAAUAAGAAAGGGAGUAAGUUGUAUACUUUUAGAAAGAGUUUAACGUCAUUCUGGUUCUUAACAGAUGAAAAUGACAUUGUGUAAUUGAGACAUUCUGGCAAGGUCAUGAUAGAAUAUUUUAGUCAGGGCAGAAGAAGGUUACAUUUGUGAGUCUCCAAGGUUAGAAAAUCAAGGGUAAGGAGAAUGACGAUAGAACAAGAGAGAAAGAAAAA